AAGUCUUGUUAUUCAGCUAUCAAUAACCUUUAGAAGUAUUUAAGCUCAUGUAUUUGAGGAUAUUCUCGGAUGGUGAGGUCUUGAAGUCCACAGAGGGGCUAGGAGAGCUCUGCGCGUUUCCCAGCAAGCUCAACGGGCCAACCCACGUGACCUGCUCACACUCACUGCUUUUGGGGAUCAAUCUGGGUCUUGAAGAGCCAUAAUCUACUACUUGGAUAAUUGUGGUAUCCAGUGGUGAAUCAGCUUCCGAAGGCCUUCAAUCAUGGAUCUUCCCAGUCUCCGCAAAAAACCAACCUACGCCGUUCUUCUGAGUGCUCUACAAGCUCUAGAAGUUAAACCAAACUCAUGGAAUAAAUCCACUGCUGCUGAAUCAUCCUUGGUCAGCGACGAGGCUGUCGUCCAGCGAUUCUUGAUGUCCAUCAUUGCAAGCGAUUUGGAAUGGAUUCCUGAAUCGACUGAUAUUGGCGGAGAAUUUUUGACAGCGUUGGAGCAAAAAGAACUACUGGUUGAUCUGGCAAGCAGGCGAGUUGCUGAACGUUGCGGACGAUCUGCAAUGCCUGAGAUGACCAGGACUUGGGUUAUACCGGCAUCCUCCAAUUUACCUGAAAUCAAAUUUGAUAUCCGGGAACCACCUCUCACAGGAGAUAAUCUUGGUCUCAAAACGUGGGGAACAUCAUAUGUCAUCGCUAAGAAACUCGAGAACUUCGGCAUACAGUACCUCGACCAUUUUUUUACCAAGUCGAUCGUGUCGAGAUCCGGUACUAGCAAGAGAUCACUGCAAUCCGGCGCCAAAGUUUUGGAGUUAGGAGCUGGUACCGGACUUGUUGGAAUUGCAGCGGGAGCUGUUUGGGGCGCAGAGGUAUUCUUGACAGAUCUCCUGGACAUUGCGGACAACCUACUGUUUAAUGUUGAAAAGAAUGCCCCAACAGUGGGCGAGUUCGGUGGACAUAUAUCCUGCGGUGUUCUGGACUGGAGGGAACCUAAUCAAGCUCUAGAGAUUGUGCCUGUCAAGAAGUUUAGUAUUCUUCUGGCUGCUGAUCCACUUUACGACGACGACCAUCCUGCACUCCUCGCGAACGUUGUAGAGAAGUUCCUUCAAGAUGAUGAGGGAUCUAGAGCCCUCAUAGCAAUUCCUAUCCGGGACAAUGCUACGAGAGCCCUAUCUGAGAAACUUUCAAAUCUCAUGGCUGAGAAUGGCUUCUUGGUAGAUUGUUCAGGAGAGGAAAUAUGCCAGGACGAUUGGGAGGCUUCUAAUGGACCCGAAGUCAAAUUGCUGUGGACGUUCUGGAAACGAACUAUCAUCUCGAAGUCAACUACCGAAAACUGAAACACUGACCACCCUCCUAUUCCUCGCUUGCCAAUUCCAUGAUUCUCAGGGUGGAAAUUCGCAGUUUCCCACCCGUCCCUGAUGCAGAACAUGUCAGUCCAACACCUCGAACCCACAAUUUUGCAUGUUGUCGGUUCAAUGUACAAGUUCAUUGCCGUACAUUCACCGCAGCGCUCUCAGACGCCACCUGGUUAAGUCCGUUCUGCAUGUGCUCGUAAACCAUUUCCCUUGACCACCACCUCAAAAUGUUCUUGAGCACCUAGAACGCCGCGAUGUACUCCUUCGGAGCGUAACAUUUCG